UUUACUUCACCCUACCCGGGGCCCUUCUGACCUUAUUCCUAUGCUGCCUCCCCUGAUCUCUUGGUUCUCUCUCGGCACCUGAUCAGUGUCACCCCUUUGCAUCUUCCUUCCACCCCGACGACUACAGCUUGGCCCUGUCUUACUUUGCUGCAUAACUCUGACGGCUUAGUUGCAACAUGUUGAUGGACUGGCAAUAACACCAAAGUUGCAGUUUCCUCGUCACUCCUUGCUCGGCGCGGCACCGGCACCGGCCUUGCGGACCAAGCCUCAGCAUCUCUGUUGAUGACCCCCUUGCCAAGACCUGGGCUCUUGUCCUCAUACUAGAGACGAGUUGAUGUCUAUGGCACCUGUAGCCGCACACGAGGAACAUGAUGUCACGAGUCCAAGCCCAUUGGCGGCAUCGCCACUCCGGCGCCGCGUCUCCAUGGAGGAGGACUACUUCUACCAAGAGGUCAUGACUAUCCCAACAGGCCGUCGCCUCUCAUUACCGCCGGAGUACUCGCCGCCUCUCUUUGGAUACGACAAGGACGGUGAGCUGGUAGUACUAGCAGAAGACGAGCCUCUACCGCAGUACACCUGCGAUGUGCAGAUGGAAGGCGUCUUCAACAUGAAGAUGGAGAUCGUGGACACGAUCAAGCGAGCACCGGCUCGGAACUGGCGCGCCAUGUUUGUUCAGCUGGAAGGCACAAAAUUAAGCAUCUAUUCCAUCAAAAGGGACUGGGGAUUGAGUAGGUCGAGUAGACACGGGGCCGAGGUUUUUGCCGACAAUCCGCCCUGGGUACAAAAAGGCGCUCUCGAAAAGACAUAUACCCUCCUGCACGCGGAUGUCGGCAUUGCGGCAGACUAUGAGAAGCGAAGAUAUGUUAUACGCGUCCGCGCAGAGACAGACCAAUUCUUACUUUCCUGCAUCGAGCUCGAAACCUUUGUGCGUUGGUUGGACGCCUUGUUCGCAGCUCUCAACAUUGCACCGGCCAUCGACGAGCGGGAUUUCCCCAAGGACCAGAGCAUACCCCGGAGAGCACGGUUGCAAUAUUUCCGUGGAGGCAUAACUGCGAGCGGUUCCGGUGUUGCGCGGCAAAGCAGCAGGGGCUCCGAUGUCCCACGGCCGGAACCAGUCGUCCACCAUUCAGCUGUUACGCCGAGAGUCCCAGUACAGCAACCAAGCCACGGGAACAACCGACCGGAUCAACCCAGAUCUACAACGGGUCGUUCAUCUCAGCCUGGAUCCUCGAGGGCGGUUGCGAGGGCGUCGACUAAUAAUUUGCCAGGCUCCUCUCGCCCUGGGCGAAACACUUCUUCAUCAGCCGCCCAGGCCCAGCCGGGACCUUCGACAGAGCCCUUACCGGUCAGGUUAUCCACGACCUCGUACUACAACGAGCACAUCAAUCCCGAGACGGGAAAGUGGCGGCCGAUACACGAGUGGACUGCUGCACACGACAUGGUCUAUGCCAAGCUCUGCUAUGCCGUUCUGCUAUUCAGAAGUCCAAGAAAGUCCAACUACGUGAUCGCCAAAGGCAAGAAGUGGUUUGUAGACUGGACGACGGGGAGGAUGAUUAGAGUCCUGCCUCCGGGGUAUUUCGAGCACGAGGUCGUGGGACCAUGGCAAGUCUGGAGUAGCGAGAAUAGGAGGAUAUGAAUCCAAUUGUGGAAGGUCUGUUGCGUGAUUUGCGCCUGUGUGGGUGCGGGUCUUCCCAGGGUCGAAGCCAGGCCGACGUGGGAAGUCAAGACUGGAGGGAGAUGUUGGGGAUACUUUUCUUUGUGACCUUUGCAUACAUGGACGCAUCAAAACAUCUGGCUGCAUAUUUAUUGAAUUCUGGCAUGGGUGGAUACCAAGCACUAUAGCUCUCACAAUGCCUUGCAUAUAACAUUCUAUAUUGUCCAAGACAAGAAACAGGCAUGAUUUGCCUACAAGCUGAUUUGGCUCGAUUACCUGGCUCGCGUUGUGCACCACUUUUCUUUUGACUGCCGUCUUUGAGAA